UUUUUCCGAAAUCUGUUACAUUACUAUGUUAAAAAAAAUAUAUAAUUAACAAAUGUCACAUUUACAAAUUUAUUAGUAAUACUAUUUUACCUUCCAAUAUAUUCUUUCGGAUUUUCGUACGCUUUCGCGAUUUAGAUUUUCUAACCCCAAAAUCUGACGUAUUCUCGAAGCCCAUAUUUGUACGAAGAUAAAACAAUUAGAUUGUAUACGAAUAAGCUGAGCACGGGUUAGGAAAGAAGAUAAUACGAAUUGAUAAUUAUUUUGAAAUAGUAAUUAAAGGAUUAUUUGCGAUAAAAUGUAUUAGUGCCAUGCGGAGAUUCGAGAUAGGUUGCCGCAGCAUGUGCCAACGACUUUUUCCUUGGAUGUAUUCAUGUGUUGUGCAUUCAGAAUAUAUAUAUAAUAUACAUACCUUGCGUUAGCGCAUGUGCGUUGUUCAUGUUCUUUAAUUCUCCACAAUCCAAUUAAGAAAAACUACUAACUUCUCAAACAAUUAUAAUUUAUAUGUAUAUGACAUUUAUAUAUGUUCAUAUAUUAUUACGUAAAUAAUUCGCUAAGAUAUGUUAAGUAUUAAUAUAACAUUAAACAUACAUAUAUACAUAUAAUUUAUAACAGGACAUUUACAAAGAACUUGCGUCAGUAUUAUAAAUUAUAAUAAAAUACUAAAAUAAUCAAUUCGUUGAUCAAAGAAAUCAUAAAGUAUUAUCAAAAUGUUAAUACAAUUUGUAAAAGUAAGCUUUCAGAAUCAAUCCAAAAAGAUUUUUUCAUCGAGACAGACAAAUCUUUACAACAUACUACUUUCAAGCAAUAGGAAAGCAUCAUCGAAAGAAAAAAUUAUAGAUGAUGAAUAUUCAAACGAACCUAUCAAAUAUUCUACAUCAAAAGCAUCAAGUUGGCUUGCUUCCCAAACGCGUCAACCUCAAUCUGAAAGACAUCCAUAUGAAUCUAAUGUUAUAACAAUUAGUAUAAUCAUUUUUAUGAUUUAUUUCUUUAUUUUAAGAGAAGAGAACGAUAUAGAUUUAUCUCUUAAUAAACCACUGUCAGAACUUGUACCUAAUAUUAACAAAACAAAUGCACAAUCUUCCAAGAGAUUAUAACUGUAAAUAUUGUAUUGUAGUAAUCAGUUUUUAUAUGUAAUUGGAUUCUUUGAUUCAUUCAAUUAUAUAUUAUUUCUUUUUUUUUUUCUUAAAUUAUCAAUUAAAUAAAUAGUUAAUUAUUGAACUUAUAUAAAUAGAUUUAUUCCAAUAAACUUGAAAGGAUUUUCUGUUUAACAAACAUAUAAAAUAGUAAAAAUUUCCUUAUUACAUAUUGGACUUCAUAUUGAUUUGGUUUUUCCAAUAGGCAAUUGUACUACAAUGGAUAUAUUAAUCGUCCCCAUAUUAUACUGUUCAAUAUUUCACUCCAUUUAAUAGAUGGUUGAUAAGCUAUGGUGUCUAUAAUACAGCUUUUCCAUGUUCGACCCCAUGAAGAUUUGACCAUUGUCAUCCAUAAAGUUAUUGUCAUAUUAUUCUUUGACUGUUGUGAAUGUAAUUUAAUAUAAAUGCUAUCUAAAAUUUCAAAUAUUAACAAAACUUUUGAAACUAUAUGUAUGUUAUUAUACAAUAUAAAUAUAAAUAUUAUUAAUUACUUA